AUGAGUCCGCUGAGAGGUUUCCCCUGGCUUUUGAUAUUCCUCUCUGCAGCAGCUGUGUGUUCAGGUGUGGGUGGUGCAAAGGUCGACAAUGUGUCGUCAGAAGUCUGUCGUCAUCCAUGCGUGGAGCUGGUGGGCUUGCUCACCGAGAUCCACGGCCUGCGUAUUGUGACCAGUAACCUGCUUGAAGACCUGGAGAGAGUAUCAAAAGAAAAUGGAGAGAUGCGGAUAUCUUUGGCUGAGCUGAGCAAUAACAGCAGCAACAACAGCAGAAACUGGAAAAGCAGCAGCAGCAGCAACAGGAUCAGGAGCAGGAGCAGGAGCAGCCUCAGCGGUGGCAGCGGUGACAUCAAUGAUCUUGACAGAGUCGGGGAGAUCUGGUGUAUGCAGGAUGGACGGGUGUACGAGCAGGGGGAGGACUGGGAGGUUGACAGCUGCACCUUCUGUGUUUGCCAGGAUGGAAAGGUGGUGUGUCAGCAGGUGUCUUGCGCUCCUGUAUCCUGCAUCUAUCCAUCCUUUAUCGAAGGAGAGUGCUGCCCUGUCUGUCUCAAUAAUGAAAGCGGCUGGUCCCCGUGGUCUGAGUGGACCCACUGUUCGGUCACCUGUGGACGUGGAGGGCAGCAAAGGGGCCGAUCAUGCAAUGACAUCAAGCCGUCCUGUGCCGGCCCGUCAGUCCAAACCCGCAGCUGCAUGCCGAUGAAGUGUGACCGCAAGGUGCGUCCUGACAGGAACUGGAGCCUUUGGUCUCCUUGGUCUACGUGUACAACCACAUGUGGACAUGGCAGCAUCACACGGGUUCGUCUCUGCAACAACCCUCCGCCACAGAAGGGGGGCAGAGGGUGCACGGGCAGCGCCAGGGAGAAACAGCCAUGCAACAAUACGCUCUGCCCCGUUCCUGGAGGCUGGACAAGCUGGACUGAGUGGUCACUGUGCUCAGAGUCGUGUGGCGGAGGUCUUACAAGUCGCCAGCAGGAGUGUUUGAACCCGGCACCUCAGCACGGUGGCAAGCCUUGUGCUGGAGACGCUGUGGACUAUGAAGCAUGUAACAAACAACCAUGUCCUAUAGAUGCAUGUUUGCUCUCAAAUCCAUGUUUCCCUGGAGUGGAAUGCACAUCACACAGCGAUGGAUCAUGGGAGUGUGGACGUUGUCCGUUGGGUUUAAAUGGAAACGGCACUCACUGUGAAGAUGAGAACGAGUGUGAAGUGAAGAGCGUGUGUGUCACAGAGUGUGUAAACACAGACCCCGGCUUCUACUGUCUGCCCUGUCCUCCUCGCUAUAAAGGCACCCAGCCGUACGGCCUCGGACUGCAGGAGGCCCAGAAAACCAGGCAGGUGUGCGAGCCAUACAAUCCUUGCAAAGACAACACACAUGCCUGCCACAUGUAUGCUAAGUGUGUGUACCUGGGCCUGGCGUCUGAGGUUUUGUACAAAUGUGUGUGCGCUGUCGGGUUCGCUGGCGACGGCUUCCUGUGUGCUGAAGACUCUGAUCUGGACGGCUGGCCCAACACCAGAUUAACCUGCAAGCAGAAUGCAACCUAUCACUGUCAAAAGGAUAAUUGCCCCACACUACCAAACUCUGGACAGGAAGACCUGGACAAAGACGGACAGGGAGACGCCUGUGACCCCGAUGACGACAACGACGACAUCAUAGAUGAGAGGGACAACUGCCCGCUGGUGUACAACCCCCGGCAGUUUGACUCCGACAGAGACGGGGUCGGGGACCGCUGUGAUAACUGUCCGUUUGAUAGCAACCCGCUGCAGGCAGACACGGAUGACAAUGGAGAGGGAGACGCCUGCAGCAUUGACAUUGAUGGAGAUGAGGUUCUGAAUGACCGGGACAACUGUCCCUUCGUCUACAACACUGACCAGAGGGACACAGACCUGGAUGGUGUUGGAGACCAGUGUGACAACUGUCCCCUUCUGCACAACCCACUGCAGCUUGACUCUGACAGCGACUUGGUGGGGGACAUGUGUGACGACAACGAGGACAUCGAUGAGGACGGCCACCAAAACUCUAUGGACAACUGUCCCUACAUUGCCAACAGCAACCAGGCCGACCACGACAAGGACGGGAAGGGAGACGUCUGUGACCAUGAUGAUGACAACGAUGGUAUCCCCGAUGACCGGGACAACUGCAGACUAGUGCCAAACAGGGACCAGCUGGACUCUGAUGGUGAUGAGAGCGGAGAUGCAUGCUUUGAUGACUUUGACAAUGACAGUAUUCCAGAUGCGCUGGAUCCAUGUCCACUGAACCAGGAUAUCGGGUCUACAGACUUCAGGAAGUUUCAGGUUGUUUUGUUGGACCCUAAAGGCACCACGCAGUCUGAGCCUCUCUGGGUGAUCCGCAGCCAAGGCACCGAGCUGCUGCAGACGGCCAACUCGGACCCUGGCAUCGCUUUAGGAUAUGACAAGUUCAGUGCAGUGGACUUCAGUGCGACAUUUUAUGUGAAUACCAACCGAGAUGACGACUACGCAGGCAUUGUGUUCGCCUACCAGUCCAGUCGACGCUUCUAUGUUGUCAUGUGGAAACAGGUGUCUCAGGCCUACUGGGAGAAAAAGCCGUCCAAAGCUUUUGGCACAGCGGGAGUCUCCAUUAAACUGGUCAACUCCACCACAGGACCAGGAGAGUAUCUACGCAAUGCCCUGUGGCACACGGGGAACACCAGACACCAGGUCAGAACAUUGUGGCAUGAUCCCAAUAAAAUUGGCUGGAAGGACUACACAGCCUACCGCAUGCACCUCAUCCACAGACCCAAGACUGGGUUCAUCAGGGUGGUGGUGUACGAGGGCACGGGGAUUUUAUCCGACUCUGGGGCGGUUUACGACCACACGCUGGCUGGAGGCAGGCUGGGGCUGUUUGUCUUCUCUCAGGAACACGUCCUCUUCUCAGACCUCAGAUACGAGUGCAGAGAUAACUGAAUUAUUUUCGUGUGAUAUUCAGGAAGCUCUUCAACAACCCACCAGAGAUCCACGUUGAUUUCAGAAAUUCUUAAUACAACUGAGAGAGAGAAACCAGGUGACUAACUGAUAGCCGCGGCUGGGCAAAGGCUAAAACUACCAGUUAGUCAUCAUCAAUCUAUCAGCUUUUUAUGCGACGGUAUUGUAUUGUAAGACUCAGACAGCAUCUGAUUGUAACUUCUCUUGGCUUUUUUAUUUGCUAAUGGUUGUAAAUAAUUAUUUAUUGCCAGAUAUGAAAGGGAUUGAUGGCUGGAUAUAUACAUGAUGGCGUAAGUAGAGAAGCACUGUGCAAAUGUCU